AUGGCUACCAUCCAGGAAGCUUCCUCACGCGCCCGUGUCACUGCUCCUGCAGGGCCCUCCGAAGCUUCCGCUCCCACGUUGGGUCAAGGGAGUCAAGAGGUGCCACGUGGCGAAGGGUUAGUGGCUGAGGUCGCGACGCCAGCAGGGGAGGUUAAUGGGCCGAGAGGGGGCGAUAUUUGGAACUCCCCUUUGCCGGCUGGAGGGUGGCUGUGGGCGGCUGGUUUUGUCGUUACUGCUGCUACAGUGGCGUGGAUCGGAGGACGAGCGGGCGGCAAGGCAGAGAAAAAGAAAGAGGGGCUGCAGGAGCAGGGGAAAGGACUUGUAACGAGUAAGGAGGCUGACAAUAAGGAGGAUGGAAUAAGUUGGAAGGACUGGGAGAGGAAGAAGAUGAAAGAGAAAAAGGUGGAAGGGUGGAGGAGGAGGGCAGAGCAGGAGAGGAUGGAGAGAGAGAGAGCAGAGAGGUUCAAGGGGAAAUGGGCGGACGGGGAGGCGGUUGAGAGUGGUGGAGAGGAGUUGGGAGGGAUUGGUGGGAGCGAGGUGAGGGAUUGGGAGGAUGGUAGGGGAAGGGCAGAAGCAGGGUUCGGGGUUUAUGAGGGAGAGGGAAGGGAGGUGAGGGGGAUCAACGGAAAGGUGGAUGUGCUAGUAGGGGGGGAUUGGGAGGGUGUGGGGAGUAUGGGAAGGGGGGAGGGGGCGUGGGGGGGCGAGAGAGGGGGUACUGUGGUGGAUAUUAGUGCAGAGGUAAGGGAGAGAGGGGAGGGGAGAGAGCGAGAGGAAGGGGAGAAGGGAGAGAAUGGAGUGGAGGGAGUGGAGGGGGUGGAAGGAGAGCAGGGGGAGGGGGGGAAGAAGGGAGGACAGGGGGAGGAGCAGCAGGAUACAGAGGAGCAGAGGCGACAGGCAGCAAUGGCUGAGAUUCGCAGGAGUGCAGACCUGGUGAGGCGGCAGGAGAGGGAGGAGAGGGAGGAGAAGGAACGAGCAAGGAAGGUGAGUGCUGAGAUGCAGAGGCUGCUGGUGGAGAGGCGCAGGCGGGGCGAGGUGGUGACUCAGCAGGUGUUGGAUGCGGUGUGGGAGGAGGCGUGUGCGGUUGUGCUGGUUGUAGCAGGAAGCACCUCUGCUGGCAAGGCGGGAGCAGCAGAAGUGGCAGCAGCUGUAGCAGGAGCAGCAGCAGCUUUGGGAGAAGGGGACAUCGGACAGAGGGGAAUAAAGGAGCAGAGCGUAGAGGAGAGACAGAGGGAAAGCGAUGGUCAGAGGGCAGAGGAGGGACCAGGCAGGCAGCAGCAGGCGCAGGCAGAGAGGCAGCAGCGGGAGCUAGAGGAUGCAAAGAGAAGAGUAAGGCAGCGAGCAGCGGCAGCAGCAGCGGCUGCUGGGGCUGCUGGUAUUGGUGCUGGUGCUGCUGCUGGUGCUGGCAGUGCUGGUGGUGCUGCUUAUGGGGGUGGUGGGGCUGUGUGGUGGGUGGAAGAUGAGCGGCUGGUGACUCUGGUGGCGCGGGUGAUGCUGAACGAUGAGGGAGGGAGAGACUCGAUGCACGGGCUGACCCAGGAGGAGCAGGAGACGUUCUUUGAUGCGCUGAACCGGCUGUAUGGGGAGGAUGGUGGUGGCAGUAAGGGGGACGCUUAUAAGGAGGACGGAGUGUCUGAGUUGGUGGAGAAUUUGAACUAUGGCCGAGUCGGCAUCUCUGUGAGUGACCCGAUGGAUAUGGUGGCGCCGCGGAUGAGAGGAGGGGAGAGAGGGGAUGCUUCUCAUUCCUAUUGCUCCUCGCCCUCUCCCUCCCCCCUGCUCUUUUCUCCUUUCUUCUUGCAGACAGCAUUUCUCGACCCGAUGGAUAUGGUGGUGCCGCGGUUGAGGGGAGGAGAGAGAAAGGAGAGCAGUAAGGGGGAGAUCGCUGCAGCAGCAUCAGCAGCAUCAGCAGAACCAGCAGGCAACGGCACUGCUACAGCAACCAACGUCCCUGCAGCAAGUGACGGCGCUACAGACGAGCUGCUAGUGCUGGCGGUUUCGCAGUAUGUGAAUGCUUCUGAUGCAAACCGGUUUAUUGAUGAUGGGGGUGCGGAGGAAAGCGAAAGUAUGGCUGUGGGUGAUGAGAGUGGGGGAGGGGAGGGAGGGGAGAGUGUCGUGGUGAGUAGUGGGAGUGGGGGAAUGGAGGGGGGAGAGGGUGUGGUGGUGAGUAGUGGGAGUGGGGGAGUGGAGGGGGGAGAGGGUGUGGUGGUGAGUAGUGGGAGUGGGGGAUGGGAAGGGGGAGAGAGUGUGGUGGUGAGCUCUAGUAAAGGCAUGAUUGGUCGCCAGACCUGGUCGCUAGAGGAGACACAGGCAGGGAGGGCAGGCAGAGCGGUGGGGAGUGGUGACGAAGGGUGGAGCAACACAAAGCAGUGGGCGGAGGAUAUCAGAGCAAGGUAUGAAGAGGAGAGAGAUCCGGAUGUGAAGGAGGUGAUUCAGCAGCUAGGCAAAGACCUUCCCAAGUGGCUUUCAGAGGAAGAAAUUAACUCUGCCCCGACUCUCUCACAGGUUGUAGCGGCAGGGAGGGAAGGGGGCGACCCGAAGCAGCGGGCAGCGGUGAAAAGUUUCCUCGAGAAGGUUCGGGAGGAGAAGGAGAGGUUUGGAGCUGAGGCUGUGGCGGAGAAGUAUUUGGAGCAGGCUCGGGAUGCGGAGGAGGAGGAGGCUCGGCGGAGAGGGGUGGUUCGGCCGGACCUGGACCGGCUGUGGUGGCUUGACCUGCAGGCAGUGUGGGUUGUGAUGAUAAUGCGUUGGAGCAGCAGCAGUAACGGCACCAGCAGUGAGGGGCAGAGAGUGCAGAGGGUGCCUUACUCCUUCCAGCUCCCCCCUGAUUGGGGUUCUGCCACUGCCUACUCUACUGAGGGUGUUUAUAGCGGGGAUACUGCUGCUGGGGCAGCUGGGCCAGCAGUAGCAGAGGACGCAUGGAUAGUGGUGGGGUUUGAAGACGUGGUGGAUGCAGCGCGGUUCAGUGAGGUGCUGCGGGUGUGGCUGCUGGCGCACCCAGAGGAGCUGGAAGGAGAGGAAGAGGGGGGUGAUGAGGAGGAGAGAAUUGAGGCAGUUGCUGGUGUGGCUGUGGAAGUGAAAGCUGUUCCAUGCUCUCCCAAGGAUCUCUACUCAAGUGCCAAGGAGGCAGGGCAUCGCAUUCUCGUGGUGCAGCGGCAGCAGCUGCAGCUGACAGCAAUAGACGAACCUUUCCCAGACGUGCUGGCUCGGCUGGAAGAGGGGUGGAGAAUGGAGGUAGCGAGUGGGUUGAUUGGAGGUAAGAUUGGGUGUGAGAAAGUUGCUGCUGCUGCUGCUGGGGAGGGUGGGUUGGAGGAGGGGAAGGUGGCGGGUCUCCCUGGCAGUGACAUGAAGAACUUCACUCGAGUGCUGCAACAAGGAACAGGAGUGGCGGGUCAGCCUGGCAGUGGCGGGUCGGGUCAGCCCAGCAGUGACAUGAAGCACUUCACUCGCGUGCUGCACCACUCGACAGGAGAAGAGGCAGGGGCGAGAGGUGCUCUGUCGCUCAUAUGUGUGGCGGGUCAACCCGGCAGUGACAUGAAGCACUUCACUCGCGUGCUGCACCGCUCGACAGACGAUGCUCUGAUGGAUGUCAUGCCCACGGUUCGAGUGAAGCCUCUAGACCCCACGUGUGACACGUGGUGCGAGUACCCGGUGGCAAGCCGCCCCUUUGCCAUCCAGCAGUGGCUGGAGUCGGGGGAUGUGAAGGGCGAGUGGAUCUUCAUGAUCGAAACCGACUAUAUCUUUGUCAAGACUGGCAAUGCCCCCACUGUCAUGGAUUAUGACGACGUGAUGCGAGUGGUGCCCAUAUGGGUGAACGUGACAGCAGGCAUCGAAGGGAACGCGGAGAGCAAGGAGCGGUUCGGGUGGGUGCGGGAGAUGUAUGCAUUCUCCAUCUCCGUUGCGCUUGCAGGGGUCAAGAUUGACCUGCCGCCCAUGCCGCAUGCCAUCAUGAGCCAGUCGACUGCAAAAUUCCCUCCCCCUCGUCCCUCCAUCUCCCCUCUUGGCCCCGAUGCUGCCUGUCCGCCAAUUCACUUGCAACCUCCAGCCGACAAGGUGGUGGGCGAUGCUGCUCUGCUCCUGCUCUUACUCCAUCUCGCCCCUCCAUCUCCCACCCACACCCCUCCCUUCCCAUCACCACUCCCCCAAUCCACCUGCAGCUUCCAGCCGACAAGGAGGUGGGCUCUUCUGCUCUGCCCAUGGUCUUACUCCCCCCUGUCUCACGCCUGCAGGCCUGCCCACAGCCCACUCCUCACUCUUCCCGUCACCUCUCCCACCUCUUCACCAGCGAAGAGGCAUUGCCGCCAUCACCAGCCUCCAGCCGAGGCAUUGCUGCUGUGUGCCUGGUCUCACUCCCCUUCCGACCCUCUGUCUCUCUUUCCCAGCCACUGCCCACUCGUCACCCCUCCCAUCACCACUCAUCCUUUCCACUUGCAGCCUCCAGCCGACAAGGAGCCUCCAGCUGACAAGGUGGUGGGCGAUGCAGCUCUGCUGCACUACACGUGGGGCAGCCAGAUCAAGGUGGGAUGGGACGGUGGGAUGGUCAAUCAGGACUGGAGUGGCAAUGUGAUCUGGGAGUUUGACAAGCGCAAGUUCACAGACAGAGGGCUGCCGGACCCGGUGCCACAGCCACCAGAGGGGAAGGCCUCAGCGUCCCAGGUGGUGCUGGUAGCGAAGGUCAACGAGGCCAUAAGGCAUCUGCCCAAGUACACGCUGAGAGAGCUGCGGGAGACGGGCCGCAGCAAGGCUCAUGACACAGAGUGCCCUCCCCAUCCCCCCCUCCUGUCAGGCCUCAGCGUCCCAGGUGGUGCUGGUAGCGAAGGGCAACGAGGCCAUGAGGCAUCUGCCCAAGCCUUUCCCACCACACCCACCCCCUUCGUCCUGCCCUCCCACCCACCAGGCGUCAGAGUCCCAGAAGGUGCUGGUAUCCAAGCCCCUUCCCACCGCACCGCACCCAGCCAAACCCAUCGCUUCCCUCUCUCUGUCUCACUGCCCCACCAGGCAUCGGAGUCCCAGAAUGUGCUUGUUUCAAAAGUGAAUGAAGCGAUUCAUCACCUGCCCAAGUACACGCUAAGGGAGCUUCGAGAGAUGGGCCGCAGCGAUGCAGAGGUUGAUGCUUAUGAGAGGGAGUGGCGGGCCAAGGGGUAUGUGGAGGGGACGAAAGGAGGAGGGGAAGGAGGAGGAGGAGGAGGAGGAGGAGGAGGAGGAGGAGGAGGAGGAGGAGGAGGAGGCGAGGAGGAGAAGCAGGAGCAGCAAGGGGGCCUGGGGCAAGCAGGGGGGGCGAGGCAAGUGAUUGGUGAGGUGCAAGGAGGAGGGGGGGUGGCGAAAGGAGGGGCGAUGGCACAGCAGGAGGUGGCUAAGCCGGUGGUGGUGCCUGGGGAGGUGGAGAAGGGGAGCAUUCAUGCGAUGGUCACGAGUAAUGGGAAUGCUUACAUGAACUGGCAGACACUGCUUAUGUUCCACACGUACAAGAAGGUGGCAUCUGAGGCAGGCAGCAACCUGCGCUUCUUCACGCGAGUGCUGCAUCGCACCAAGGACGACGAGCUCAUGCACCUCGUGCCCACUGUGCGCGUGCGACCACUGGAGCCCAAGUGUGAUGACUGGUGCGAGUACCCAGUAGCUGAUCGUCCCUUUGCCAUCCAGCAGUGGCUGGAGUCGGGGGAUGUGAAGGGCGAGUGGAUCUUCAUGAUUGAAACGGACUACCUCUUUGUCAAGCCGGUCGCCAUCCCUCCAACGGGCCGCGCUGUGGGCUUCCCUUUUGGCUACAUCAUCCCCACCUACCCCUCCAUCCACCACAUCAUGAUUCGCUACUAUCCCGGAGAUCUAAAGGACAUUCCUCAGACAGGCAAUGCACCAGUUCUCGCUCCCACUGCUGCACUUGCCCGUGUGGUACCCAUAUGGGUGGACAUCACAGCCCGGUUUGAAAAGGACGAGGAGGCAAAGAAGGACCUGGGGUGGGUGCGGGAGAUGUAUGCUUUUUCCAUCGCUGCUGCGCUCGGCAACAUGCCCAUCGACCUGCCGCUCGUACCACAUGCCAUCAUGGUGCAGCCUCCAGCCGACUCUGUAUUGGGUGAUGCGGCCAUCAUUCAUUACACGUGGGGCUACGAGUUCAAGGAUGAAGCUGACAAGGUAGUGUGGCGAUUUGACAAGAGAGACUACACACAGCCUGGCCAAGUACCGCCAAUUCUUGCCGACCCACCGCAAGGG